AUGUGCAGUACCCAGGACCUUGACGGAAUGUCCUGGACCGACCUGGCUGUGGGGAUCUUUUUCCUGUUGCAGACGUCACUGGGAAUGCUGGGGAACUCAGCCUUGCUUUGUUGUUUUAUGGUCGCUGACCUCGCUGGGAUCAGGGCAAAGCCCACAGACCUGAUUGUUAAACACCUAACCUGGGCCAAUAUCAUGGUUCUCUGCAGAGGAGUCCUACAGACAACGGCUGCUUUUCAUCAGACAUUCUAUCUAGAGAAGGUUUCAUGUAAACUUGCUUUAUACUUCCAUAGGGUUGCCAGAGGAGUAUCCAUUGGCUCCAUGUCCCUGCUUAGUGUCAUCCAGGCCAUCACCAUCAGCCCCAAUAAUUCCAUGUGGGCACAGCUCAAGAUCAUAGCACCCAGGAUCAUUGGUCCAUACUUGGGCUUGUGUUGGGCUACCCAGCUCUUGGUAUAUAUUUUUAUUCCUGUGUACACAACUGACAUAUGGGGUGGAAUAAACGUUACUGGCAUAGAAGACUAUGGAUACUGUGCUGUUGUGAAUCCCGAGAGACGAGUCACCACUCUUAUUGCAAUUCUAUUGACGUCCCGUGAUGUCAUUUUUUUGGUACUGAUGAUGUGUGCCAGUGCCUCCAUGGUGUUGGUACUGCUCAAACACAUGCAGAGGGUCCGUCACAUCCACAGAUCUCUGUCUCCUAGGUCUUCUCCUGAGACCAAAGCUACCCAAAGCAUCCUCACACUCGUGAGCAGCUUUGUGCUAUUCUAUAUAACCUCUACUGUUUUCACAUCUCAUAUGGCUGCCCUAGAUGUAAAAUUUCCAUGGCUGGUCAGUGCUAACGUGGCCAUGACUGCAUGUUUCCCAGCAUGCUGUCCGUUUCUACUCCUCAGACAACAUACCUCUGUUUUUAGGCUCUGCUGUACCUGUUCUUAUCAGACCACACACCGUGCUCGGGUAGUCAGAGAGCUCUAA